AAACUCCGUGCCUCCCAACGUAAACAAACAACUUGUCAUUCCAGCUUAACGUCUCGUGCUUUCCACUCCUAUUCGCUGAGAUGACAUACAUUUCUGUAAUUAUAGUUAGUUCUUUAAAUUAAGUUCGUAAAGUUUUUCAUAAUUUUAUUGAAAUUCACGUGUGUAGAUUCAAAAUGUCUCUAAAUAGUAUUCGGACUUUCCAUCGCAAUAGUGGAAAACUGAGAAUUAGUAUUUCAUCAUUUAGCCAAUUUAGUUAUAAUCCUGUGUUAGGAAGGCGACUCGUCAAAACCGAUGAAACGAAAGUUAAAGUGUCCUUAGUGAAAAGGAUAUCGCAAAAGUUGUUUGGAAAAUAUUUGCUUACCACAAAUAUUGUGGGUUCUGGUAUCUUAAUGAUCUUCGGUGACUGGGCCGCUCAGGAAAUUGAAUAUCAGAGGGGGUUGACUACAACCAGAUGUGACUUGACAAGAGUGGGUCGUAUGUUUCUCGUUGGUGCCUUACAAGGCCCAAUGCACCAUUACUUCUACAAAUGGAUGGAUACCAUCUUGCCGGUUGUGACAAUGUCUUCAGUUUUCAAAAAAAUUGCUUUAGAUCAGUUUGUUAUGUCGCCGGUAUGCAUUGUAAUGUUCUUCUAUUCAGCGGGCUGGUUAGAAGGCAAGAACACUUCACAGUGCAAUCUUGAAUUGAAUUCAAAAUUCUUGACAGUAUAUACGGUUGAUUGGCUUGUCUGGCCUUUUGCACAGUUCUGUAAUUUCUACUGGUUACACCCAAAAUACCGAGUGACUUAUGUGAACGUAGUAACAGCAUUGUACAAUAUUUUCUUAUCGUACAUAAAGCACGAAGAAGGGGUAAAGCUUCAAGAGGUUGCGAUGCAGAUUUCAAAAUAAGCCAAAGCAUAGUUUCGCCUGAUGUGAAAGGGCGUUUGUUUUUAUUGUACUUAAUACACUUCGUUAUCAUAGAGAGUAUGAAAUGAAUACACAAAUUUAUCUGUGACGUAAAUUUAUUUCCUUUAAAAUAAACAAUUUGAAAAAUUAA